UCCUUCCCAAUCUCCAUCUCUCUCCCUCUCUCUUUUCUUUUUUUUUUUCUUUUUUUAUUUUUAUUUUUUUUCCUAACUUUAGCUUUCUUUCACAAUUCCCUCCCAUUUCUCUCUCUCUUUUUUGAUCUCUGACCUAAUUGCCUCUCUGAUCAAUAACCUCCAAAUCCACAAGAAGAUCAAUCUAAAUUUGAGUUGGGGUCGUUCUCUUCCUCUUCGAUCUUGAACCACCACAAAAAAAGAAAAGAAAAAAAAGGUACAAAAUUAGCCUAGAUCUAGCUAUAUUCUUCAAGCUGCAGAAAAUUUCAUUAUUAACAACAACAACAACAAAAACACAAGAGUACAUACUUAAUAGAGGGGUGUGUUUUUUUUCGCUGACUUUGUUUUGGAGGGUUGAAAGAUCGGAAGGAAGGACAAAGAGCAAAAGGGUUUUCUGUGUGAUAGUUGAGGUGGAAAAGUAUGACUCCGGCUAAUUUAGCAGGGCAGUUUGGUGAUACAACUUACACUAAAGUGUUCGUUGGAGGGUUAGCUUGGGAAACCCAGAAGGAGACCAUGAAGAAGUACUUUGAACAGUUUGGUGAGAUCUUGGAGGCUGUUGUCAUCACUGACAAAGCUACUGGAAGAUCCAAAGGCUAUGGAUUUGUAACAUUUCGUGAACCUGAAGCAGCCAUGAGAGCUUGUGUGGAUGCUGCCCCUAUGAUAGAUGGAAGGAGGGCAAAUUGCAAUCUUGCUUCUUUGGGUGUUCAGAGAUCCAAGCCUUCAACUCCAAAGCAUGGAGGUGCAGGAAGGAACUUUAGGGUAAUGGGGUCAUUUCAGACAGUUGGAGGAGGAGUGGGAACAGCUUUUCCUUCAGCAGCAACCUUCCCUCAUUAUGCCAUCCAACAAGGAAUACCUUACAAUGUCUAUGGGUACUCUCCAUACUCGCCAGAUUACACGUAUCCUACGAGUUACUAUGGAUUGUAUGGAGGAGCAACAAGCCAGUACCCAAUGUAUGGGACAGGACCCGGAGGGAUGGUGACCGGCGCAGCUGCGGCAGCUGCAUUCUAUCCGUACCUUCAAUUCGGUGAAGGGAGUGGAGGAGGUGGUGCUACCGGGUAUAGUUCGGGUCAGGGUUAUGGAAUCCAAUACCCGCACCAUCUCUUUCAGUACUCGGCAAUUAACUCCAGUGCAGCCUACCCACAGCACUAUGGUGCUCCAAUGUCUCUUUCCCCUUCACCCGCUUUGCAAUCAGUGUGUUUUGCUGUGCCACAGGCGUAACAAUGGCCCUUCAUGCACCCAUUCCUCACCGCUAGAGACUCAUCAUCAAUCAUCAUCAUCAUCAUCUUUAAAGUGGGCUCUUUUUCAUACACUUCCUCAGCUCAGCAAACCUUUGGCCUAACCAUGGUUCACUUCUCUCUCUCUGCCUAACAUAAAAGCCCAAGCUCUGGCAAUUUGGGCUCUUUUCACUCAUAGCAAAAAGAAGCUCCCCAUAGGAGCAAACAAUCAUCUCAAGAAUUGAGGUGUCAUGCAUUUUUCCCCUUUGCAUCUUUUUUGAAGUUACACAAAAGGGGUUCCAUGAAGGGAACCCCAAGUAUAUUAACUAACUCGCCAACUCAGGCUAUUUGGAUUUAGCCAAGUUGGGAAGAUGUAUUUUUUUUUAAUUUUUUUUUUAUAUUUUCAAUUCCUUAGCCUUGGAGAGGCUUUGGUAAAGAAGAUAAAUCACAUUAGCUUUUUAGCCCAGGAGUGGCUAAACAAAGAUAAAACCUGGUUUGCAAAUAUUGUAAAUUUCAACAACCCAAAAAGCAAGCCCCUCACUUGGAAAUUAAUGUAAGUUUCUAAAAAUUACUAAUCCCUCCUUUUCUUCAGCUAAUUACCCUCUGAGAUGAAAGAGGAAGUUAGUUUUAGAGAAAUCAUGGGCAUGGAAUUGCCCAAUUAUUUUGGCUGUUAACAUAGUCUUAGUCUCUUAGGAUUUUAGAUGGAGCUAGGAGCUUUCAACUGUUUUCUAUAAAUGUUUUUUUUUUUUUUUUUCAAACCAACUUCUUUUUCAAAACUUUUUCUUUUUUUUUUACAUAAGUAAUGUGUCUAACCAACCAACCAUCUUCCCUUAGGGUAAGGGGAGAGAAUGACUAAUCUCCUUUUGUUUCUUUGUAAAUUCAUUUGAGGCUGAAACUAUGGGAGUUUUAGCCCCAUUUUACUAAUAUUAGGAGGGAUAGUGUUUGUUUAGUAGCAUUUAGGAUUUUAGGUUUUAGGUUUUUGUCAGCAUCAUUUAGAGAACUCCAUUGAUGGAUGUGGAGUCAAAAAGCAUCUGCAUGUAAUCCAAUGGGAGAUAUUUUGGUUCCCUUGGGUUAUUCUCCACUAACACACCAACCAUGGUUAGGACUUAGGUCAACCCCGCAUCACUCUUUUCUCUUCUUUGUUUUGCAUCCUCCUCAGCACCUCUUUUCUCUCUGCCUCUGUCACUAUCUCUAUCUCUAUCUCUCUUUCUCUGCAACUUUCACUUGGAGAUGGACCUUUGAUACUCUUUAAUAUAUGUAUAAGCUUAUGGUUUGGAUUGUAAUUAGGAAUUCUACUUAUGACAAUUAAGAUUCAUUCUCCAUCUAUGUUGAUUGAGAAUGGAUAAGCUACUUACUGCUAUGCGCUUUUAAUUUCAGACUACUAUGCUUACUUCUCCUGA